AAGAGAAAGAUUCAGAGCCAAUUGCCAUGUCAUCUUUUUCUAAAGUAUUCAUAAUUAGUGAAAUAUCUUCAUCUAAGAGUGAAAUAAUAUUAUCUUUAUUAAAGUCAUCAUCUAAAAAUUCUUUUACUAUUAAUGCAUCAAGAGACAAAGUAGCAGCUUCAAUAAUAUUAGAAAUUGUUGAAGAAGUUUGA